AUGAAUAACACAGAAAGACAACUCCAGCCUGGCUUCAGAAGGAGCCGUAUGACGACUGUAAAAGGUCCCAGAACUAGAAGUGUUGUAACUUUUAAUCCAACAACUAUUGGACCAGGUGAAGAGCUGUAUAUUAACAUCCCCAAACUAAAGCCUGACUCUUGUUUAGUCCCGGGAUCGUUUGCACUAUUAUUUGACUUCAAAAAUUCCAAUACAAAGAGCCACUUUAAUAACAACCUGUCUAAGUUGAUAGCUAAGCGUCUUCAGAUUAAAGUAGCCAGUGAAACAGCUUAUGACUGUUCAGGAGAGAGUUUGUACGAAAUAUACAAAGAUCUAUGGCUAACACUAGGUGCAAGGGUGGGUAGUAGCGAAGUAGUUGUAGUUCGCUACUGUAGCGAACUACAAUUUUCAAGUAGCCAGUAGUUUUUGACUACUUUUUUAAAACAGUAGCUGUAGUUAUAGCGAACUACAUUUUGCCUAAAAGUAGCCAAGUAGUUGGCUACUUUUCAAACGGCGAAUCGCUAUUCGCUACUUUUUAAAAUUGUUAGCAACUUGAUAGAAUAGCAUGAUAUUGAGACACGGUCUGCUUAAAAUCAAUACUCAGUGGUCAUUUUGCACUCCUUAACACUGUAGUGCUUCCAAAAAUGUUGCUUUGUGUUUACUGUUGUCUGUUGCUACUCGUAAGUCGAUUUGUUAUAGGUUACGUUACAGCCUGAGUUAAUAGUACAUGCUCCAAAUACAGUAAAACUAAAAAAUAUAGAUUAGCGAAAUAGCGAAAUAGUUCGCUACAUUUUUUAAGCAGUAGCUGUAGUCAGUAGCGAACUACCUUUGUUCAAAAGUAGCAGUAGCAGUAGUUGUAGCUGACUACAUAUUUUUGAAGUAGCUGUAGUUAUAACGAACUACAAAAAUUUUGUAGUCAACCCACCCUUGACUAGGUGACAGAAAGAAGAUGACUGAACAGGGCCUUGCAAGUGCGAAUCUCAGGAAGCUGAUAUCAGGCGACGACUAAGGUGUAAAGGUAGGUGAUGUCGGUAAAGUAGCAGAUGGACUUCUCCACAGUGUGUACGGUUCUAAGCUGAGGAAACCAAUUGACAAGAUAAUUGGAGACCAUGGACUCUACACACCGUUCUCCAUGAAUAACAAUCCCAUGUACAUCCUUACUCUCCUCCAAGCAGAUGAAAUUAUGACUGCCCAAGGAGGUGAAGCUAAGGGUAAUUAUAAACUUGAUAAUCUUGAGUUAGAAUACGAGACCAUUGAGAAUGACGCCCUUGCGAGUGAAGUAUCAAGGAUGUAUUCAAUGGGUCGCUCACUGUCCUACAAACACGCCACUCUUAUGCGUACAAGUAACUGGGACAAGGAUCUUACCAUUGUAAAUGAGAACAUUAAUAUUCCCAGGAAGAGCAUGUCAGCUAUUGUCCUUUUAUUUACCAAUAGAGUGAGAACUGAUAGUGAAGAGUAUAUUUACCCAAACAUUGAUAAAGUGAACCUGACCAUUGAAGGUGUGCCGAAUGCAGCCUUCUCCCAAGGACUUCCCAAAAAUAGGUUCUUCGAAGAGGCAAAAAGAUUCUUCUGCCCCAUGUGCGAGAAAUCAAUGGCAGACGAGUUUAUGUCCAUCAGUAAGUUCUACAGCAACGGUUUCGCUCUAGUAAUCGAUCUUAGGUCAACACAAGAUGAUAUCACUGGUGGAGGUAAGAAGAUAGUUAACACACAAUCGGGAGUACUCCUGGAAAUCAAAAAGAGAGCCACAGCAGCUGACGUCAUAUGCAACAUUUUUGUUGUAUCAGAUGCUCUCCUUAACUUGGCCAAUAGAGAUCUAUCAAGUAUUCAAUACUAA